UAAUUUGUUCUCCCCAGUGUUAGACUGAGUUGUGAAAUACGAGUAACAAAAUGAGUUUCCAAGACAAAGUGGUUAUUGUGACUGGCAGCAGCUCUGGCAUUGGAGCAGCCAUUGCUGUUAAAUUCGCAGAAGAAGGCGCUAAGGUUGCUAUAGUUGGAAGAAACCAGGAGAAACUGAACAACGUCGCUAAGAAAUGUGGCAAACCAUUAGUGCUUGUCGCUGACGUCACUAAAGAUGAAGACGCCAAAAGAAUCGUUGAUGAAACGGUCAAAGUUUAUGGAAAAAUUGAUAUAUUAGUAAAUAACGCUGGUAUCGGUGGAUCAGCCGGCAUUCAAGCUGAGUACGCAAUGGCAGUAUUUGACAAGGUAAUGGCUACAAACCUCCGCUCAGUGGUUUACAUAACUCAUCUUGCUGCUCCUCAUCUUGUGAAGACAAAAGGAAAUAUUAUCAACAUCUCAAGUGUUGCUGCAUUGAGAGUAUUUUCUAAGGAGUCUUUCGCAUACAGCACAUCGAAAGCAGCUCUGGAUCAUUUCAGCAGAGCUAUUGCACUUGAGCUCGCAUCAAGCGGUGUCCGCGUAAAUACCGUCAAUCCAGGCCCUGUGUUGACUGACAUUAUAGAAAAUAUGGGUGCAUCGAAGGAACAGGUAGAAGCUGGGUUCAAACGUAUGCAGAAUUUGACAGCAUUAAACAGGAUUUCUGAGCCUGAAGAAAUAGGUGACCUUGUUUUGUUUUUGGCUUCAGAUAAGGCCAAAGCGAUAACUGGAUCGACGUUUGUAACCGAUAACGGAGUGUUGGUAGAUAGUAAAGGCCUACAAUAAAUAAUUACAUUUUUA